UCACCGCUCCGCUUUAAACAAGUUCGGUAAAGUUCACUAUUACCGCCGGGCGAGCGCCUGCUGAGCGGAAACAGGCUGUUCUUAACAGCGCUAAAGAUGUGGACGAAUAAGCGCACUCUGUCGGAAUGCAAUACGCUUAAGCUCGAAGUCAGAGAUACGAGCAAAAUGAGCCUCUUUUAAAGAGCAAGAAAGGAGAAGAAGAUGUAUCUCUGUCGCUUCUCCGUCGCCAUAAUCCUCGGCUUGUUUUGGUAUUGUUCAGACUGCGGACGCACGCUGACACAGUACCUUUUAUGUUUCCUUUUUUACCUUUCCACCCCGCUGGUGUCUGCAGUCAGCUGGCGAGAGCGCGGCACGCAAACGGACGAAGAGACGAAGGAUAUUACAGUUCAGAAAUCUGUUGCCCAAGACUUGACUGAUGGAGGCACACCGGACGGAGCUGAGCCGCAGGUGUCUCAGUAUCCUCAUGUGAAGAGGUCAUUACAGCAAGUGUUUGAAUGCGCCUACGCUCAGCUGGUUCUGCCGUGGUACACCGUCCCCGAGCCGUGUGAGAAGCAGCCUCUGCACCAGGUGCUCAGCAGGGAGUUUGACUUUGUAAUCGACCGCAUCAUUGAGAGGGCCAAAGACUUUGAUGUCUCCCACACAGUCGUGGGCUUCAUUCGGAUUUUGACCCAGCACUUGCAUAAUGCGAAGCAGUCUGACAGACAGCUCUUGUUCAGCUCCAGAGCAGAGGAGAUUACAGUUCUCAGAGAGUUUUCUGAUGCUCUGGUACGUAACCUUUUUCCCAAAUCUCUCUGGGGCCAAGAAGUCAACCGCUGUGCCUUAAAUGAGAUCAUUGCCUUAAAGGGAUUAGGACACUUGGUUUCAUGGCUGUCUGACCCCGAUAAUCUUAACCAGCUGGUGGUGAGCCAGCUCGCCAUUGUGACACCUAAAAGCUCUGUGGAGGAGCUCUGUGGAUCGGACCCAGAAAAAGCCUCUCUGGCUUCACAGGAGAGUAAAAGCGAGGGGGAAGAGAGUGAUGUGGGCUUGCAUGGAACAGGGGUUUCAGCCAACACCAGGACCAAGAGUAAAAGGAGAGGCAGCAAGUUUAAGGAAGGAUGGUCAAAGUUUGUGGACAAGAUGAAACCCAGGAAAGCCAAGAAAAAGACAGAGCAGGAGCAGUUGUUGAGGAGUGUGGCGUAUUCAGGAGAUGCGUCCAGCGACGAUAAUAGCAGUAGUAGGGAGGGCUCCAUUUAUUUCCAGGAGGAAGAACACUCUGAUAGGGGAGACGAUGAUACGGAGGACUACCUGACAGCUGUCCAGGAGGACAUGAUAGAAUUCAAGUUGUCCUAUGAGAUGUGGCGCGUUGGCUGCUGGGCUGUCAGCAUCCCAAAUGCUGACUGGGAGGAUGAGGAGCUAAACUUCACUGUUCACCUGGAGGAAAAAAAGAGCCCCGAGAACCUCCAAUGGGACAUCAAGAAGACCUACACGGAUAUCGUACAUUUCCGCAACAGAUGGCAGGACUCCACCAGCCUGCCCACAAUCUUGGUGCUGGAGGAGGUGGAAGCCAGCGAUGAAGUUAAAGAAGCAGCUAGAGUAUCAGUAGAGCAAUUCCUACAGGUGCUGGUUUCCGAUAAUCUCAUCGGCCACACUCAGCCAGUUUUUCUGUUCCUCUGCCCGCUUGACAAACUGUUGAAUGAAGACGAACGUUAUGAGGGUGUGUGGGGCUUUCUCAGCGGCUUGGCUUAUUUCCUCACUCCCAGCGGCGAAGAAGAGGAGAACUUGAGCCUACAGCCCAGAGCCCCAGAAGGAAACACGUCAUCUCCACAUCUAGAAUCACUAUCUCAGUCUUUGGAGAACCGUAGCGCCUCUGAUGUUACCAAUCCAACUAUUCCAUCUAUUGUUAUCUCCCAGUAUGAUUCCCCUUUAGAACUUCCUGAGGAAGCUGAAAUUAAUCCACAGCCUUCUGUCAACACCAAGUCCUCAAAUGAAAACAGUUCCCAACACAAAACAGAGGACUCUGAUAAUCCCUUAACCUCUCAGGUUAGAUUGUUCUUCAGAGGACUUGGCCGACAUAAAUCACACGAGUCUCUGGCCUCAGCAAAAACCAGCAGUGUUGAAGACCUGUCUGAAUCAGGCUCGCAGCAGGAGAGGUCCAAUAAAAAGGAGAAAACAUGUUUUAAGAUGUCUGGUGGGCUGAACAAGACUAAAGGAAAGGAGACACAGGCUUCACUGCAGGGAGGGGAGGACCCCCAGGCUCUGAAGGGCCAAGUCAACAGGGAACCGGUGGAGGCGACCAAAGCCAUAUUUGAUCUGCUGAAAGAAAUAUCUGGAAACUCCAUCCUCAUAAAUAUCUUUGAUGCUGUUUUGAAACCUUUUAUGCCCAUCUUGAAAAACAAAGUGAACUCUUUCCUGAACAAGGUGAACCCAACAGAGGCGCAGAUGGCCGCGUACAUCAACCUUCUGCUUAACAAACAGUGGCCGGAGUCUCCGCCAGCAACACUUCCUCCCCCUCGUACCGAUGAGGAGAAGGACGAGACCAGGAAUCAAGCGCAUAAUCUCAUCAAUGCCAAAUAUUCAAAUGCUCUGAUCCUGAAGAAGACAGACAUGGAGUCUGUUUUCAAUCUUUUCCAGAACAGAGAGGAAAACAAAACCCUGGUCUAUAUGCUCCUGUCAUUCCUAUUGAGAGAAUUUCUUCCCAGUGAGUUUCCCCUAAAUGCGAGUGCUGCCGCUCUGCGAAAAGUGACCAACUCCAGCAGCUGAUCUGUGAUCUGCCUGUUUUUAAACUGUCCAAUUAUUUAUUAAUCAUUUUAAAGUGCCUUAAAAAUUUGGUGACUACUUGUAGCAGCCAUCUCUUCUCUUUUUUUUUUGUCUUAACCUUAAAACUAUGAAAUUUUGGUAUUGUGAACAGAUUUUGCACAUCUGCACAUUUUAGGUUAAUAAAUUAUGACUUGUUUGAAAUCAGAAAUGUUGUUUGUGGGACCCACUCUUAUUGUUGAUCUCAAGAAGAAAGUGACCUAUACAUCAUAUUUACAUAUUUCAUGAUUUAUUGUUUUCACCUUGAGUAUUUCUGUAUGUUUUUUUUUUUUUAAAUCAGCAUUUGUAUGCAAACAAUAUCUCACAACUUAAAAUCACCUAAAUGUGUCAAAGUGCUGCCAGUACUGCUGUCAUUGGAAACUUGGAAUUAU